AUGGCGGCUUCCCCGGCACCGAAACAAGUACGGGUCGCCCCUGAUAUGGAUCAUCAUCUCCUUUUGCUUCAGCAGCUUCGCCUUCUCUGUCUCGCUCCUGAACGUUAUGGCCCACACGUGGUUAUAGCGGUCAUUGCCUUCAGCGCCCUCGUGGCCUGUGCCGCUGCCGGCGGAAAGGGUGGAUUCGGAGGCGGAUAUGGUUACGGAGGUGGUCUUGGCUACGGUGGCGGUCUCGGCUACGGUGGUGGUCUCGGCUACGGUGGCGGACUUGGCGGAGCUGGGUUCGGCGGCGCUGGAUUCGGAGGCGCUGGUUUCGGCGGUGCUGGCUUCGGAGGCGCUGGAUUCGGCGGUGCUGGUCUCGGUGGUGCUGCCGGUCUCGGUCUCGCUGCUGGCCUCGGCGCUGGAGUCGGCGUCGGAGUUGGUGGCACUCUUGUCGGCGGCGGAGUCGCCAGCGCCCCACGUCUCGUCGGUGUCGGACGCGCUGUCGCCGAACCCGUUGCCACCGUUUCCGUUGUCAGGCAACCCGUUGUCAGGCAGCACCACGUCACUCGCCAGGUCGUCAACUACGUCAGGGCUCCAGUUACCACCGUCUCCCACAACGUCAGGCCAGUUGUCCUCAACCACGCUGGUGGUUUUGGAGGUGCCGGUUUCGGAGGCGCCGGUUUCGGAGCUGGUGCCGGUGCUGGUCUCGGCGCUGGUGUCGGAGGAUACGGUCUCGCCGGAGGCUACGGAGGUGGAUACGGUGGCAAGGGCGCCGUCGCCGUCGGCUACGGAGGUGGAUAUGGCGGCAAGGGCGCCGUCGCUGUCGGCUACGGUGGCAAGGGAUGGUAGAUUGUAAUUUGGAAAGGGUGAAAAGCAUGCAGUGUGCAUGAUAUCAUUGUGGAAGGUCGAGUGGUAAAAAUUAGACGAUAGGUUUUCAAUUUGAAAAUGGCGUGAUUUCGUAUGAAUGACAUGCGCUUUCCAUCCACCAUUAUGUGCAGAUCAUGUGUGCAGUAGUUGUAUAUUUUUUUGACAUCAUCGAAAUCAUGGCAGUGCGAAGUGGAAUAAAGUCAGACGAUG